AUGGGCGACGACUUUUUGCGUGCCUUAACUGCCGAACUGGCGCAGACUCAGCGUGCGCUCGCGCCAACCUGCUUGUUCUGCGUGCCCCAGCCCCGUUCACUUCGUACGGACGAUUUAAUUGACCAGAACGUCGUGUACACGCACCUCCUCACUCCGACUGGCAUCAACGACGACGGGCCACAGCAACGUCUCGGCGCGUAUCGCACACUAAAUGGGAAACAUGUCACGAUCGUCGGGUCGCAUAUCCGCACGAGCGACGGGUUUCCAGACGCCCGACAGGUGCGGAUCUUGCUGUCAGAAAGGCGCGACGUCUGCCAUCAACACGUGACGGUGUUGCACAUCAGCCGACCGCUUGAAGGCGGUAUCCAAGUGCCCGACGACCUGAACGAAAUGGACAUGGCUACAUUUCGGAAAUACACCGCCAUGUUGCGGUCGUUUCCCGAGAACGAGCUCGUGUUUUACCAUUUAAACGAGACAAUCAAUCAGGUGCACAAGAUCUGCGCCCACGAACGCGUGUUCACCGAGCGGUACCAAGAGACGCUGCCAGAUACUCUACGGGAAGAGUGGGACGCUGCCGUCGGCGAGUUGACCCGCGCGGGCAGUUUCAAUGACAGUCAAGACGAAGAAAGACAGCAACAACAACAGCAACGACAACAACAGCUGUCGAGUAUGCAUGGCCGCGCGGGUCACUUGCUGCAACUACAACAGGUCGUCGAGUGUUACUUGAUGGAGCGACUGCACGACCUGAUCUUUCCUCGGAUCGUUGCAAGUUGCCGGGAGCUCGAUCAGAAGUUGCACACUGUCAUGUCGCGUAUGCGACACUACACGCCCCAAGAUUUUGGAAUCCGCCAGGAGUUUCAGUGCUAUGUGAUUGAAGCACGGGAUACGCUGCUCACUGUUGUGGACAAGAAGACGCCAUUGGAUAUGCUGCUUGUUCUCAAAACGUGCAUGGACCAAAUCAGUGACGCCAUUACGCAGAACAUCAGGCAACGUCGACUCGAUUUCGAGGCGUAUCAGCUCACGACCGAUGAUAUCCUGGACCAGCUGUUGGUUGUGCUUCUUCAGGCACACAGUCACCUGUCUCGCCAAUCACCAACGAAAUGCACUGCCGAUCCCGUCUCCCAAUUCCCCAUGGCCGCUGUGAUGCGGUACAUGUCGGACUACCACUUUAUCAAUUCCAACACAACCGCGUUGGGGUUUACAAUGGCCAAUUUCCAAGUCGCGGUGGAAUAUUUUCUACUGCGUGGAGAGCACCACGACGACUGUGAUAGUGUUUGUGAAGCUACUUCUGGUACUCGGGACACAGAUGGUGCUGGAAGGAGCUGCAGCCAACAGAUUGCCGAGUCCAUUUGUGUGCAAGCUGCCCAUGGAAUUCGUCGAGAUCUGAUGAAAGCUGUGGAAACUAUCGCAUGUGCACGACGAGAGGCUGGAGCAGAGACUAGACAAGGUAUAUCCGGUCACAUCUAUGGCAGUGCUAAGGUUCCUACAAGUGACGCGGUGCCCGUGUCGAUGAGCCGUUUAUCGAUCAUUGGUGGGUGGUCUUCGUCGACUAGUGGCGCACCGCUGGAAGACAAAGACGAGGCUUUGUCAGAUGGUCCACUUGCUGUGCAUCCUGUCAACUUUAGGUACAAUCAACAGCAGACAACGGUGGCGAGGAACAGGAACAUACUGCGUGUGAGUGGAGGUCAAAGGUUUUUUGCAGCAGUAUUGGAAGAUGGCAAACUGUGGACGUGGGGAGACAGCAGCGGUGGUCGCUUGGGGUACGCUCUUGUACAUGGAGACUCGAGACGCGUGUAUCGUCCACAGCGUGUACGUGCUUUGGAGCAGCAGACCAUCACUCAAGUUGCUUGCGGAGCUUUUCAUACACUGGUUACGGAUUUGAAUGGACAUGUGUUUGCAUGGGGAAGCAACUCGAGAGGUCAGUUGGGGCUUUCAUCACCAAGAACGUUGUCAACUGUGGUGGAAAAACCGACGGUCGUGGAAGGUCUGCGAGGGACGUAUAUGAGCUCCGUUGCGUGCGGCGAGUACCACUCGUUGGCUCUAUCCUCUGACUGCCGUGUUUUUUCGUGGGGAUGCAACAAAUAUGGAAAACUUGGACGUACUGCUGACGGCUUGCUAGAUAUGAUGCAACCUAGACUGCUUGAGGCAGACUGGACAGGAUGGUCGAUCGACAUGAAGUCAAGGAUCGGGAGUGGAGAACGGAACGUCAUCAGCCGCAUUGCUGCUGGAAAAGACCAUUCGCUUGCUAUCAGCGGCAACGGUGUGGGGUUCACGUGGGGACGUGGCGACUCUGGCCAACUCGGACAUGGCUGCUACAUGAAUGCCGAUCAACCGAUGCAAGUCAUGGCACUCUCAGCGGCUGUCGCAGGCAUCUCUGAUCUAGUUGAUGUCGCAGGGGGUAGUGACUUUUCGCUCUUUUUGCUGCGUAAUGGAACAAUAUGUAUUUGCGGACGUGAUCCUUCGCUGGACAUCGACAAGGUGCUUCUCUCCCCAACGCUGCUGUCACUUCCGCCGCAGCUCGAGCGCGACUUCUUUGGCCGGAUUGUCCAAGUCUCGUGUGGAGAAACGCACUACGCGCUUUUGACAAAUUGUGGAGCGCUUCUGCUUUCAUACACGAGCUCGUCGCAGCUAUCACCCAAUGCAGGAUCGGCAACAGCAGAAGUGCAUGAGAGACGUGUGGCGUGGGUGAAGGAAGCUGGUGUCGUAGGUCAGAUGGAUUGUGGCGCGUCACACACGCUAGUAGCUGGUUAA